AUGAACGGGACCCCGGACGGAUGCUGCCUCCCUGCCCCCGAAGAAGGGUCCUUCAUGUUCACAUCCGAGUCUGUGGGAGAGGGACACCCUGAUAAGAUAUGCGACCAGAUCAGCGAUGCUGUGCUGGACGCCCACCUGAAGCAAGACCCCGAGGCCAAAGUGGCCUGUGAGACGGUGUGUAAGACGGGGAUGGUUCUGCUUUGUGGGGAGAUCACGUCACGAGCAUACGUGGACUAUCAGACAGUGGUGAGAGACGUGAUCAGAGACAUAGGUUAUGAUAACUCCAAAAAAGGCUUUGACUACAAGACCUUUAACUUGCUGGUGGCCCUGGAGCAGCAGUCCCCUGACAUCGCACAGGGAGUUCACGAGUGCAUGCCCCUCACCGUGGUCCUCGCACACAAACUCAACGCCAAGAUGGCCGACCUGAGGCGCAGCGGGGCCGUGACGGUGCACUACGGCCAGCAGGGCGGCGCUGUGGUGCCGCUGAGGGUGCACACCGUGGUGGUUUCUGUGCAGCACGACGAGCAGGUGAGCCUGCAGCAGCAGAGGCAGGUGCUGCGGGAAAAGGUGGUCCAAGCCGUGGUCCCCGGCCGCUACCUGGACCAGGACACCGUCCUGCACCUGCAGCCCAGCGGCCGCUUCGUCAUCGGGGGGCCUCAGGGCGACGCGGGCGUGACGGGCAGGAAGAUCAUCGUGGACACGUACGGCGGGUGGGGCGCCCACGGGGGCGGGGCCUUCUCCGGGAAGGACGCCACCAAGGUGGACCGAUCGGGGGCGUACGCCGCCCGCUGGGUGGCCAAGUCUCUGAUCAUCGUGGACACGUACGGCGGGUGGGGCGCCCACGGGGGCGGGGCCUUCUCCGGGAAGGACGCCACCAAGGUGGACCGAUCGGGGGCGUACGCCGCCCGCUGGGUGGCCAAGUCGCUGGUGAAGGCGGGGCUCUGCAGGCGGGUGCUGGUGCAGGUGGCCUAUGCGAUCGGGGUGGCCCGCCCUCUCUCCAUCUCGCUCUUCACCUUCGGCUCCUCUCAGAGGAACGAGAAGGAGCUGCUGCAGAUCGUGGAGCAGAACUUCGACCUCCGGCCGGGGGUCAUCGUCAGGUCAGGCUCCGCCCACUCACUCCUCAGGCCCCGCCCACCCACUCCUCAGGCUCCGCCCACUCCCCAGGCUCCGCCCACUCCUCCGGCUCUGCCCCCGGAAGAG